AUGUGGCACGGACUUUCGACAUGGACUGGGCGCGUAGCAGCCAAAACCUCGGGGAGUAUGAAUGACAUUGACGCCACGAUGCGACUUCCCUCUCUUCUCUUCGCUGCUAUAGCUGGUCUAUGGCAGCAGCCGCUCGUUUCCAAAGAAGAGUCGAUCACAAGCACACGCCAUAUCCAAGUUACCAGAACUGUUGGCGACUUGUCCAGUACCGUGUAUGCUGUUCGUAUAGGUAAAUCGACCAUAUACAUGGAACACCUGCCUGCUACCCCGGCCACGAGAUCAGUUCCCUGGCAAGCACUACAAGCAACGCAUCUCGAGUUGCGUGCUGAAGAACUUAGCACGAUGCAUAUCAAAGUCACUCAGACAAUAGCUCAGAUCCAGUCCACAAUGUUUGCUAGUAAAGUCGGGACCUCCAUUUCGACUAUCACGAAUGCUCCUCAGUCUCUGAUUGAGGAGGCCGCGGAGGAUGCAGCCGAGAUGUCGUCCCAGCAGUUGGCGGUCGCUGUAUCAUCAGCGAAGGCCGACGCAUUGGCACACUCGACUGUCGCAAUACUGACGAGCACUACUCUGCCUUCUACCCCAGAGGCAUUGGCCCAGCCGUCAUCGACUCAGGCUGAGCCCGCACAGUUCACCAACUCAAGCUCUCCGACGACUUCGACUCGAUCUGUGGCCACCAGUCCGAGUAGCCAAGGCAGUGGUGAGACCAUGCUCCCAAUAGGUCUCGAGCUUCGAGGCAAUACGGCAACCACGACUAGCACUCAGCUGCAGACAACGACCAACGAAGCACAUACUACAGUGAUGCUCGUUAUCGAUGGCUCUUCGACGUCAACUGUGACUUCAAUGCCUGCUCCUUCGCUGCAGGGUGUUGCCUCUUCGCAAUCUUCUGCCACAUCAGCAUCGAGUACCUCGGGGCAGGCCACAAGCUCAGAGCGUUCCCCUAAGACCACACAAACUGUCGCUACAUCCGUGGCUAUCGAUACAAACGCUGCUCAAGUCAAGAGCACACAAACCGCUUUGAUUCAAGCUUCCACCUACAGUGAUGAAGUGUCUACCACCGUCUCCUCUGCGGAUUUCACGACGGCAACAGCAUCAUCAGCAACGGGAUGCGUCGAGGACUGUUCUACUCACGUACUCUCAACAAUCUUUUCCACGUCCAGCUCUUCCUCCACUAGCAGCAACAGAGUCUACACGUUCUCUGUCACUAUGACAGAAGCAUCCUCUACCUCAUCCGCCGGCGGUACAAUUGUCCCGUCCGCUGCGCAAACUUCGGAUGCGGCCACCAUCUUCACAUCGUAUGGCUCACAAAGCAGUGCAUCCACGGCCGCGGAUAUCGCUGCUGACAACGCAGCUGGAGCAUCCGGCGGCUCGGGCAGCUUCAAGCUCAGCAAGGGAGGCUUUGCAGCAAUCAUUAGUGUCGUGUCUAUUGGUGUUGGUCUAGGCAUAAUCUUCCUCGUCCUCUUUGUCGUUGCCAAACGUCGUCAAUGGAAAGUUCGCCAAUCCAUCGCUCGCGCUUCCCGCCGCAUAACCGGUCGCUUCUCCUCACACCCUAACAGAACAGCUUUGCGCUCAGAGAAAGAGCCCACUCUGCCGAUCAUCGAACCUCGUCAACCCCUUGGGCCUCGACCCGCACCAUCUAGCAGACGCAAUCAAGGCUUUGCAAACAUUGACGCUACUCUGCAUUCCAACUACCGUGGCGUGGAGACAGUAGGCAGGAGUAUGUCUAGAGGCCCAGAGGCUUGGAGGAAGGCAAUGGCCAUGGAGCGAUUACAGCAGAGUCAGAGAAGGAAGCCUGAGCUGAGAGUUGAUACGGGUGCGGCUGCUAGGAUGGAGGAGGGGAGACGGGGACGACAGGCACAGAAAAAAGGAAGUUGGAAGGAUUUGUUCAGAGCACUAUGCCAGAAGUGA